AUGGCCUCCCCUAAACUGACGCCUUCGCCGUCCCCAGCCAAAGCAGACGGCAAAAAGUCGCGGGCCAAGCACGCAUGUCGCGAGUGCAACAUCCGCCGAGUGCGCUGCGAUGUGACGGAGAAGCAGCCGUGCUCGAAUUGUCUCGCGGCGGGGGCGAAUUGCGAGAUUCUGCCGUCGCGCAGAGGAAGAUACCCUCGGAGAUCUCGCCGGCUACUUCAGCACUUUCAGCCUCCAAUUGAAGCCGGCAGCUCUCUCAAAGCGUAUCCAACUCCCUUUGAUGCGCCACCUCCCAGAGAUUCAAGGCAAGGCGCUUCCAACCCACGAAAUCCUACGCCUCAGGACUCGCAAGACUCUCAGGAUCAAGAAGUUGAGGAAUCUUCACCGAGUCCGGUGCCGGGCACUCGGUUCUACGGCGAAUCAAGCUUCCUCACCCUCGUUCCCAGCGACGAGGAGGAAAUUUCAAGUCGGUCUUACACCGCAAGAGGCAACAACGCCAACAGCCAGAAACAGCGCUUCACAUUUCCCCUGCCGGCCACGCCGCAGUCGACUUCUCAGACCAAAGAAGGCCGUACCGAUCUCAGUCCUGGAACAAUGCGCUAUCUGCGCAACGAGGGUGCAUUAACACUCCCGGAUCUUCAGAGCUGCUUGCCAGCUUUAGAGGCGUACUUUGACUGGUUUCAUCCGAGCUGGCCCCUUCUAGACAGAGCGCAGAUUGCGCGACGACUAGCAAAUGCCACUUCCUUCUCGUCGGUAGAUAUAUCCCGGAUGCUGUUGCAGGCAAUGCUCUUCAUUGGGGCGACGUACUGUGACGCAGCGACAAUUCGAGCCAUGGGGUUCGAAGACAGAUAUCAGGCCAAGACGACGUUUUACACAAGAACCAGGAUGCUCUUCCACGCCGAUUGGGAAAAGGACGAAACGGUGCUGAUCCAGUCGCUGUUCUUGAUGAGUUUCUGGAGAGGAGCGCCGACGGAUGUGAGAGAUGUGCGGUACUGGCUUGGGAUUGCGAUUACGCUUGCUGAGUCGUACGGAUUUCAUCGUUCAUCCCGGUCCAUGUCAAAGGACUCACACACAGCUCGAAUGAGACGAAGGAUAUGGUGGACAGUCUAUGUAAGGGAGCGACAAGCAGCUGCGUCUUUGGGCCUUCCCAGCAGAAUAAGAGACGAAGACUGUGACAUUGAGCCGCUCAGCCCAUCGGACUGGGAAACAGAUAACAGCGGCCCCGACUCUCCCUUUGGCUCCUGUUUACCGGAGCACGUUACGUACGCAAUCAAGAUGGUGGAAAUUGCCAAGCUACUGGGUAAAAUCAUCGAUGUCCAUUUUGUCCCAGGCAACGCUUCACUAUCAGUGACCUCUUCAAAUACCCUUCGAGAUCUCAACAUUUCUCUCGAAGCUUGGAGAGAAAGUCUUCCGGAACACAUCAAGUACUCUCCAGAAGAAGGCUCUGAUUCUGUAUGGACAUGUCUCCUUCACCUCGCAUAUAACCACCUCAAGAUCCUGAUACACAGGAAUAGCUUCCUGCGCCUCGAGUCCACCACGCCUGGUUCGCAAAUUGUCCUCAAAGCAGCUUGUCGUAUCAGCCGCAUCGCCGAGGACAUGUGUACUCAAGGAAUACUCCGUUACGGACAAAUGCAUCUCAUCACAAGCAUCUUUUCUGCUCUUUGCAUCCACACCAUUACAAUCCGCCGAGGCACCGGUCUUACGAGGCGCCUUGCCGAACAUCGCGCCGAGACAUGCCUUCUCUGCUUGAAAGAAGUCCAAAAGUACUGGCGCAUCAACAACAACACCCUCGACCUCUUCUUACAGUACCUCGACCGCUCUAUUGCCGCCAGACUACAUGGCAUGCAGCCUGACGCCCCCGUGCCCCCUUUACCAAGUGCUAGCAAAGAUGCAAGCGACUUAAAGUCCAACACAGCGAUGGAUACAUCAGCUGCAGACGCGAAUCUGCGCUCCAGCCCCCACGCUGAAUACGACCCUGCGCCAGCUUAUGAUAUUACGAUACCGAAUCUCGGGCCGGGACAUUACCUAGCCGUGGAAGAGUUCCAGGAGCAGUAUUUCAACCUCAUUAGUCAGGGGGAUGACGGAUUAAGCGAUUUACAGCUGUUUUUGCAAGGAGAAGAUUUCUCUCAGGCGGGGAAUGGAUCGAAUUUGUUGGAAAGAUCACUGUGA